AUGGGCGCGGGCGGGAGCUGCGUGCAUGGGCACGUGCAGGUGAGGGCGACGGCGAAUCCGCACUGGCACGUUCCGGUGCAGUCCGUGCAGUCCGUGCAGGUGCAAGUUCCAAGUCAUGUGGAAGUGCGGACCCACGUGCCGGUGCCGGUGAGCCCGCCGGUGCCCUGCUCGCCGGUGAUCCCGGUGAGCUGCCCUCCUCCGGUGAAGUGGGACGUUGGCAUCUCGGCAGAAGAGCGGCUCCGGAUCCAGCAGUGGGCAGCGCAGGUCAGCUCGCAGGUGGGUUUCACAGUUUCCCCUUCAAUGUAUUGGACAUGCCACUCGAUGGACAUGGACGUGUUGAGCGGCUUGUCUUCGGCGGACCGGUGGCGGAUGCAGCAUUUUCUCUCGGGCCACUGCGGCCACCACUGCUGUUCAAGGCUUGAUGUGACAGCCGUGCCGGUGCCAGUUGCAGCACCGGUGAAGGUCCCGGUGGCUGUCAGCACUGUGUCGUUUACUACACCGCCACCUGCUUGGACUUCUUCAGUUGGAUCUUGGACAACAUGUGCGAUUCCCUUGGCCACGGAGGCUCCCCUACCACCGCCAGCUGAUCCACCACCAGGCUGCGCCGUGCCCUUCUUCCAAAAGCUGCACCUGCUUCAGUCCCAAGUGUCCGCGUUGAACAAUGCCAUUGGCUGGGAACUCGUCACCCAAGAGGACAUGGCCAUCGUUUCCAGACAUUGUGGCGAGGUGGACCAACAUGCAAUGGCGGCGGUUUUGCAGCUGAAGCGCACCAAGUGGCAGAUGAGUCUGGGCGAGGUGCAAGAACCCACUGAGAAAAGAGCAACGGGCUUCGUCCAAUAUCGGCCUGAAGCACGUCAGUGGCUAGCAUACCGGCGGUGGCAUGGGGCCGUUUGGCGGCUGGAUGCUUUGAAAGAAGCUCCAGAACAAAUCUCUGAGGAGCAGCUGCGACAGGAGCUGGCACCCUACAAGAAGAGCACUUUCUGCAUCUGUGAGAUCGCAUGA